UUUCAAUAUGUCUUCUCCUUCCGCCAAGCGAAGCCAUCGAUAUUUAGAUAACAAUUCAUGGAAAAACAGAGCCAUGAAGAUUCACCCUGAAGACUUUAGAAUCUCCAGUUACAGUGAGAUAGAAGCCUUUGGAGGAACUGACGAAAUAGACAAUAAUGAUAGCCAUGAAGAAUACGAAUCAAUGAUUGAAGAAAACAUUUCAUCAUAUCUUCACAGUAACCCCUCAAGUGUGCAUAUCCAUCAGAUUGCAAGUAAAUAAACCAAUCCAAAGUGCAGGAAGUUCCGUUAUCAAAAGCUCAGAUUUUCAUCCUCACAGUAAAAAUAACAGCGAAUUAGUUGAAUACGACAGCAAUGAGCCAAAGAGAACUUAUUAUGAGGAAAGAAUACCAUCCUUUAAUGACAUCCCUCAAGAAGCUCCUAAAAACAGAAAUUAGGCCAAAACAAAGUCUCUUAAUAGAUAGAAGCACUUGCUCCCAGAAAGCAAAACCCAACAAAGGACGUCCAACAGUGGUAAUCAAAGACGAUGACUCGGAUAUUUAUGAUGGGACUGAUACCUUCAAUGACGAUGAAUUCAUAGAAGAAGUAUACGAGAGUGUUGAUACCUCUAACAUCUCUUCAAAAGUAAUAGUCGAAGCAAAUAGCGAGUUAGAAUAUAGCAAGGAACUUAAUAAAGACAAAUCAUUUGAAAAAUACAGAAAAGAAAGCUAUAAUUACAUUCCUAAUGAAGUAGAAGAAGACCAUGACCAAGACCAGUCCUUCAUGAGACUCAGCAGGAGUUAUGAAGACUAUAAGGUCUCAGAUAGGUCAAGAAAAGAGGAAUCUAAGUAUGAAGACAGCUCGCCCAAAAUUAACCUCAAAGACUAUAAAGAUAACAGAGAAAGCAUCGAAAAGAUCAAAGACACUCAGUCUACUCAUGAUAACUACCCUAGCUACGACUACCGGGUUACUAAAAUUCAAGACAAUUUGGAAAAAGUGGACUAUCACAACGGUGAUGAGGAUACUUACUCUCAAAGACCUUCAGAAAGAAAAAUUGAGCUAAGGGAUUUAGGAAAAGUCACCUCAUUUGAGAAGUUCUUCAAUACGCAUAUAAAAUCCACAGAAAAGAAAGAAACCCUUGUGGAUAGAUUCAGGAAUGGCAAGGCAAUGAAAAAGAGCUGGAAAAGUAGCUGUAAACCUGAAAGUCCCAAGGUCGAACUUGAUAAUGAGCAGAUCAACCUAAUCCUGAGUUCUAUUUCAAUUCAUUCUGAUGAUAAAGAGAAAUUCCUGAAGUCAUUCUGACACAAAUAUUCAAACCUCAACUCCUCAGUGAAGGGAGGCUUCUCAGAAAGAAUGAAGGCUGAUAUAGAAAAGAGGGAGAACAAAAGUAAAGAGCUCCAAAAAGCAGAAGAGCUCUAUAGGCUUCUCAACGAGAGACCAUUAGAUAAAGAACAGAAGGAUGAAUGCCACAGCAGACUUUACCUCGAUGCUUUCUACAGAGCUUAUAAACUCAAUGAUAAAAUCCUGAAGGCUGAGAAGGAAGAGAAUGAAAAGUUUAGGAAGCAGAACAGAACUGCUUCCAAAAAGAGAAUCGAACAAUUUGUUGAAAAAGUAAACAGCCAGAUCCUUGGCUCCAAAGAAAUUCUUGACAAAAAGAGAAGAAUCAAGGAAUUACAAGAAGAAGUUGAACUUCAAGAAGUCCUUAACAAGAAUAUCUCAAGAGGAAAAAUGUCAAAAUCAAGAGAGAGAAUGCUUGCAAAGAAAAUGUAUAAUUAUGAAGAAAAAUAAGUUUAUUAAAAGAGCGGGUAGAGUCAAGGAAAAGCAGCAUAAUGAAGAAAUAAAGAUUAAACAAUAUUUCCAACCAAAGGUUUCUAAAUCUAGUGCAAAGCUUGCGAAAAAGAAGAGAGAACAUGAAAAAUCUAUAUCAAAAAUUGACCCAAAGACUUCCUUAAUGGAUUCUAACGAUGAUAUUCCAUUCACAGAGAGUAUUUUCGAUAGACUUUAUAAGGAGGCAGAAACUAAGAAGGAACAUCUGAACAGGCUUAGGAGAUCAAGAGAAGAUGCUAUGUACAGUGCAUCAAAAUCAAAUGGUACUUCGAUGUUAAAUGCUUAUAAAAGGAGCUCAAGAUCUAAAAAUAAAUCAAAUAAAGAUCCUUCCUUUAACAUGAUCACAAAGGAAUCCCCUUUAACAAGCAUUGAUCAGUUUAAUCCCUCAUCUCCACGAAUAGAAGCGGAAGGAAAUAGAUUGAUGAUGCAGAAGUAUCUCACUGAGUCAGAAAGAGUCCAAGAAAAUAAUAAAAAUUCCAAGAACAUAAAGAAAUACAAAUCAAAUGGGGCUGCUUCUCCAUGAGAUUUCAUCACAUGGAAUGAAAGCAAGUAUAACUCUCAAAGUAUUGACCAAUUCUUCGAUCAGAGAAUCAAGGAUGCAGAGAGACAGAACAAAUUGAUGAAGCCUUUAGGAAAGAAACCCCAGAAAUCUACAGCUAAGAGCAUUAGUAAUAUGGGGGUAUACAGAAGGACUAGACACCAGAGGAACCACAAAAGUGACCACUAUAGUAUCACAAGUGAUACUUUAUACUCAAUGGAAGAUCAUGCUGAGACUGUGAAUUAUAGGCAGCAAACUGCUAACUCAAGGAGUAAGAGUAAGAAGUCGAGAGAUACAAGAAAAACAGCUCGCAAAAACAUUCUUGCAUAUAGUUUACUAGACAGGAGCAUUGAUAACACAAUUAGCCUCCUUGAAAAAUCUAAGAAAAAUAACUUAAACGAGCUAGAUCUCUCUGAAAGCAGUGGCCUUCAGACUAAGCCUAAAUAUAAAUUCCAGCUUAAAAAUCGAGAAAGAGAGAUGUACCUUGAAUCAUUUAGAAAAAUGCAAGAACUUAAAGUAACAAACGAAGAGAAUUGACAAUAAUUUCUCAAAUAAUUUUUCAAU